AUGUCCUGCUACAUCUACCAGCUGCCCUCCUGGGUGCUGGAUGACCUGUGCCGCAACAUGGACACUCUCAGCGAGUGGGACUGGAUGCAGUUCGCCUCCUACGUGAUCACGGACCUCACCCAGCUGCGGAAGAUCAAGUCCAUGGAGCGGGUACAGGGUGUGAGCAUCACCCGGGAGCUACUGUGGUGGUGGGGCAUGCGGCAGGCCACUGUCCAGCAGCUCGUGGACCUCCUACACCACCUGCAGCUCUACCGCGCUGCUCAGAUCAUCCUCAACUGGAAGGUCUGGCUCAUUUCAGCCAGAGCCACGUGUGCCCAGCCUGGUACUUGUGGCUGGCAACUCUCGGAACUUGCCGAAAAUACGGUCAGCGUCUCUGAAGGUGAUUUCGGGGAGAUGUACAGGAAUGGUCGAGCAACGCUGGAUCUGGGUGACGGGCAGGUCAAUGUAGACGAUCAUGUGCGGAGGCAGGUACUCGCCGGUUGUAAUCUUCACCUGGUCCUGGUGGUCCACACGCUGCUUCCCGAUGUCCUCUUGUUAGUCCAAGGUCUCCAGGAAGACGAGAUCACCGUAGAUGGCGCGCUCCGACAGCACUCCCUGGCCUGUGCUCAGCUAGAUGUCAGCACCUGUAUUCCUAAGCAAGAAAAACUUGUAAGUCUAGCUGGAGACAGCCUUUGCUGGAGUGAGGAGGACGUUGUCCAGGCAACUAAUGACUUCAAUCAAAACCACAAAAUCCGGGAGGGUACCUUUGCUGUCAUCUACAAAGGGCAAAGGCAUGGCACACCAUUCGUCUUCAAGAAGCUCAACGAGGUGGUCUGCUCAAGCCCAGGAUCAAUCGAAAGAUUCUUUCAGAUGGAGGUUCAGGUUUGUCUUAGAUGCUGCCACCCCAACAUCUUACCCCUGCUUGGCUUCUUCUCUGGAAGACAGUUUCACGGUUUAAUCCACCCCUACAUGGCAAACGGCUCUUUACAGGAUAGACUCCAGGAUCCGAGCGACUCAGACUCCCUGCCCUGGCCCCUGCGUGUCAGCAUCUGCUCAGGGCUGCUCCGUGCCGUGGGGCACCUACAUGGCCUGGAGAUCAUCCACAGCAAUGUCAAGAGUUCCAACGUUUUGCUAGACCAGAACUUCACACCCAAGCUGGCGCAUCCAAUGGCUCACGUGUGUCCUGUUAACAAAAGGUCAAAAUACACCAUGAUGAAAACCCACCUUUUCCAGGCCUCAGCUGCGUACCUGCCAGAGGAUUUCAUCAGAGUGGGGCAGCUGACCAAACGAGUCGACAUCUUCAGCUGUGGAAUAGUGCUAGCCGAAGUCCUCACUGGCCUCCCUGCAAUGGACAACAACCGGAGCCCCGUUUACCUGAAAGAUUUACUCCUCAGUGAGAUUCCAAGUAGCACCACCUCGCUCUGCUCCAGGAAGGUGGCUGUGGAGAAGGUGAUGGCAAAGGAGAUCUGCCAUAGGUACCUGGAGAAGCGCGCAGGCAGGCUACCGGAGGAUUGUGCCGAGGCCCUGGUGGCUGCCGCCUGCCUCUGCCUACGGAGGCGUAAUGCCAACCUGACCGAGGUGUGUGGCUCUGUGGCUGCUGUGGAGGAGCGGCUCAGAGGUCAGGGGACUUCGCUCCCAUGGAGUGAGCUUUCUGAGGGCACAGGCACCUCCUCUAACACCCCAGAAGAAACAGAUGAUGUGGACAAUUCCCUCCUGGAGGUCACCUCCUCCAUGGCCUGGGCCCCCUCUGCAGGGGUUGCCUCCUCCCUUCUACCUACAGAGGAUGGAGAAGGAGGGCCUCAGGCCAGAGGGGAAGUAGAGGCCUGUGCCAACCUGGCAUCCCCCCAGGAUGUUUCCAGCAAUGGUCGCCUUCCGUUCGGCGCAAGCCCCGCCCUCGCAUUCGCCCGGCUGCGGACCGCAGGCAUCAUUCCGGGUGUGCGGCACAGACCAGUGUGA